AUGCGCUCGCCUCCCUCGUAUAUGGGAUAUCCUCCGCACAUGAAUGGCCAUCUUCCUCCCGCUUACUCACCGCAGCAAUAUCCUCAUUGGUAUCCGCCUUAUCCGCAGAUGCAGCCCCCUCCGCGCCCGUUCCAGCCUCCGUAUGCGCCGCCGAUGUUCUUUUCGAGCUAUCCUCCUUCGCAGCCGGUCAUGGCUCCGGCCCCUAUGCCACCUCCCUCCCUUCCCAUUCAGCCGAGGACUUCUACCCCCCUUCAAUCUACUAUGUCGCCUCCUGUUGGUCAGGCCCCUGCUCCGUUCGGGAUGCAGGUGCAGUCGCCCGCCAUUCUCCCUGUCCAUACUGUGCCUAGCCCUAUCGUCCCUUCGCCGUCUGCCCCGCCGGCUGAAAAGGUCGUUCUGGCUCCGGUUUCCAAAGAGCCAUUCCGCCCACCUUCCUCGUCGGCUUCGGUUGAACUCCCUGCGAAGGAGGUCCAGCGCAGCGGCCCGGUUGAAAGACUGAGCGAUUUGAAAGCCGCAGAAUCCCACGCGCAAACGUCAUCCGAGCCGCAAUCCCCAGCUCUGUCGGUCGCCCCGUCCACUGGGAAUUCUACGCAGCCCACAACACCAUCCUCGGCUGUUCACCCUGGGGUCCGUUCCCAGUCUCAGUCCAUAUUCUCAAAGCCGGCGGUCCCUGUGGUUCCAGUAGUCCCUGUGGUCCCGAGUUCCAAUGCUCUGCGUCAAGGGUCUAAAGAAGAUGUUGGCCGUCCGGUUGAAAUGCCAAAAUCAUCCGGAGCCCCCGUCGAUGGGACUAGUGUGACAGAUCUAGAUGGCUCAUCUGAAAAUGCGCCACACGCAUUGGGGAAUGCCCCAGAGGAGGCAGCAAAACUAUCCUCCCCUCCUCGUGCGACACCGAAGUCCUGGGCGGACCUCGUUCGUUCCAAGAACCUCGCCAAAGCUACAGCUACCAGUGGGGCGCCAUCUGCCGCGGUGAAUGGUGUGGUGAAGCGCAAAAGCGAAUCUCUUGCUGAUGUCUUGGUGAGCCUUGGGAAUGAUGUCUCUCAAUACAGCGAUAAAGUUGCUUUCCUUGAACCCAGAGGACUUGUAAAUACUGGGAACAUGUGUUAUAUGAAUUCUGUUCUUCAAAUUUUGGUUUCCUUUCAGAGCGAUUUUCCCUUGGUUGAUGCUAUGAUUAUGUUUAUGAAAGAAUUUCGCGUCAUCGACGCUGCCCACUCUGAAGAGCAACUGAAGCUCAGGCUGAAGCCAAACGAGCUCGAGGAAUAUGGCGAAGCCUUCAUCCCCGAGUUUGUUUAUCAGGUGAUCAGGCAGUUGCCACGCUUCCGAGACAUGCGACGAGGCCAUCAGCAAGACGCUCAGGAAUUUUUGGGCUUUUUGUUGGAGGAAAUGCACGAAGAAUGCGCUCGUGCUGCGAAGGACGCCCCUUCCAUUCCCAAUGGGUCUGCGGCUUCUAAUGAGGAAUCAUCUGCUGCAGAUGGAGAAUCUGGUGAUGGAUGGAUGGAAGUUGGUCACAAGCAGAAGCCGGCGGUUACUCAGUCGUCUGGUCACAUUGCUCAGGAAUCCCCUAUGACGAAGAUCUUUGGCGGCAAAAUCAGGUCAGAGUUUAGGGUGCCUGGUAAUAAGGCUUCCGUGACACUGGAGCCUUACCAGCCGCUUCAGCUCGACAUCGGCUCCCCAGACAUUCACAACAUCGUCGAUGCUCUCAAGGGUCUAACCAAGCCAGAGAGCAUCCAGGGCGACUUCAACUCCUCGCGGGGCUCAAAUGUCACCGCCACCAAGCAGAUCUUCAUUGAGGAAUUACCGCCUGUGCUCAUUCUUCACCUGAAACGUUUCCAGUACGACAGCGUCACUAGAGGAACGCAAAAGAUUUGGAAAAAGAUUGGAUACCCCUUGGAUUUGGAAAUUCCUCGGGAGGUCUUCCCCCCCAGCAGGCGUAACAUUCUAACGGCUCACGGAGACUUACCUAGGUAUCGGCUCAUUGGGGUUAUCUAUCACCACGGGAAGAAUGCCAGCGGGGGCCAUUAUACCGUGGACGUGCGCCGCCAGGAUGGCCGUGAAUGGAUCCGCCUUGACGACACGGUCAUUCGGCGUGUCAAGAGCGAGGAUGUUGCGGAGGCUGGUAGUGAAGAGGAUCCCAAGGCGCUCGCUGUGGCGUUGGAGCAGCGCAAGCUUGACAAGGAUCCCAACGCUAAUAUUUUCGAUCUUAUCGACGAUCAGGAGCAAUCAGACAACGAGCGAGGUUGGAGCCAAGUCAACGGAGCUGGGUCAGGCGGCCAUUCUAGCAAGAAAUCUACCUCAGCUGUUGUAAACGGCAGCUCGGCACCCUCUAGAGCAUCUUCUGGCCUGCGGACCCCUAUUGGCCGAUACGGUUCUCGCGACAACAAGGUGGCAUACUUGCUGUUUUAUCAGCGUAUUGCUUGA